CAAUCUCUUCUCACGGCUAAUCAGGUGGUGGUGGCUGGAUGCGGACGCCUGCCUCUUUUGAGAUCAGUCGAUUCAAGAUGGGCUCACAGUAAUCUCGAACUUCUAGCCAUCACCUUCAUGGAUUCCGACCCAGCUGCUCGCUUCGAUUAAGGGCCAGCUGCUCCACCCAGCUCCUCGACCCGCACAUGGUCAAGUUAGUCAAGCGUCAGUGCAUGUUUGUGGGCUUGAAUUAGGGAGGGAUCGAGCAAUACCCAUCACCCUCUAGAUCUCAUCACCUCACGCUGUAUAGGUGUUGCCACCAUGACAGUAAGUGAAUAUUUCGCACAACUGCUCAAGUCUUCGAUGGGAGAUACUGUCCUCGACACUGUCCAUGUAUUAUCGAGUGCCAUCGAGUUCAAACUCAAAGAGCUUGCGACUACCGUUGUCAUCAAAGGAGAUGGAGCGUCAUCUCUCUUGGUCAUAGUUACCAUCAUCGUCCUCACGUCCUCAGCACUCUGGUGGGGCUGGAUCUUCUUGUCAUGGAGAGAGAAUACCAAAAUUGCUGGUGCUCGAGGUGCCGGUGCACUUCCUUUGCCACCAGGAAGUUUUGGACUGCUACCAGUGCUUGGGGGCGAUACGCUGAGUUAUCUUGACGCGUAUCAAAAUUUCAACAUCAAGAGGUACGUGGAUCAGAAGGUGGCGAGGUACGGGCCCAUUUUCAAGACGUCGAUCAUGGGCCAGCCCACCAUAGUCCUGGAUUCUCCGGCUGGCAACAAGCUGCUGUUUCACGAGGAUGAGAAGCUGGUGCAGGGCUGGUGGCCCAAGAAUCUGAAAGCGCUGGUAAAUUACAACGGGCUGAGCGAAACGAAUGGCGAAGCUCACCGAGUUUUCCGACAGCAUAUCACGAGCAAUUUUCUGGGCGUGGAUGUCGUCCAUCGUUAUUUUCAGACCAUGGAGCGCAGGGCCAAGGCCGAGAUCGAGCCGUGGACUGAGCUCAAGGUCGGAUCUGAGCUCACGAUACCAACAGUAGACGUUUUGAAGAAUUAUAGUUUUCGUUUGAUUUGUGAGCUCUCGAUCAGCCUGAAGGAUGUAAGGGAGGUGGAGCAGCUGAGACAUAAGUUUGACAUGUGGUCCGAAGGUUUCAUGGCCGUUCCAGUGAAUUUUCCCGGGACUUCUUUCAACAGAGCUUUGAGGGCCAGAGACGUUAUGGCUGACGAGAUGGGGAAGAAGAUAAAGCAGAGGAGGAAGGAGUUGAAGGAAGGUCUUGCUUCGGAAACGCAAGACUUUCUGUCUGUCAUGUUGACUCAUCCCGAUGAGACUGGCCACAUUGUCGAAGAUAAAAUCCUGGUGCACACACUGCUGCUAUUGCUUUGGACAGCUUCGGACACCACCGCGUCCACUCUCGCCAUGGUGCUCCGAGAAACUUCAAGAAAUCCUCACGUCUACCGUGAACUUAUGAAAGAGCAUGCAAGCAUAACAAGAGGUAAGAAGGACGGAGAAAUGUUGACAACCGAAAAUUUGCGGUCGAUGAAGUAUACGUGGAGAGUGGUGCAAGAGACAUUGCGUUUGUAUCCAAUUCUGCUUGGACUGUUCCGUGAGGCGAAGACUGAUUUCGAGUAUCAGGGCUAUACUAUACCCAAGGGCUAUAAGCUUCUAGUAACGUCGGCGCCCUUGUUAGAUCCAAAGUUUUACAAAGAUCCAAAGACGUUCGACCCAUCAAGGUUCGAGAAAGUCGGUGGAGGAGCUCCAGCAUUUACCUACUUCCCUUUCGGUGGCGGUCACCGGAUGUGUCCGGGCAAUGAAUUCGCCAAAGCAAGUAUCAUCAUAUUCGUGCACCAGUUUCUGAAACACUUCAAGUGGACUCUCGUUCAUCCUGAUGAAAAGAUCAGGUACUCCUUUCUAGCUACUCCUGAACAUGGCUUACCUAUGAAACUAACCAAGAUCAAGCCAGCGUUCUAGCUGCACAUGCAUAUGCGCAUACUCAUCCCUAAACAGGCUCUUGGAAACUGGAAUAAGCAUCCAAACGGAAGUGCAAACUUGAAGUCCAACUUAACCUCUUUGUACACUCUCACUCCUUGUUAUGGACUUGUAGGGCUUAUGUAAACUGAGCUCAGUUUCACGAGUCUAGGAAAGAGCUCUUCAGAUACUAGAAUAACAUUAUCAUACGGUCAAACAUAGCAAUCACAGAAAUUGUUCAUCACGGAGAAGAUGCAAACGAACAUGACAACAUGAAUCUCGUUAACUGUAUUACAGCUACAUUGUUCGGACUUCUCGGACCAUAUUGAAUUGAUUGAUCGGAUGCACAUACAAGUGUAGGUAACGUUCAAAGCUUUGACUGGCUGUUCGGUGGACUCAGGCAGUGUAUCUAAAAUGUUGUAACUGGGCUUUGUAACUUAAGUCCUACUUGGAACGGAGGUUCUUUGAGCUUUUAUACAGUUUAUUGCAGUUUCCAUGAGUGUAACCCCCUU